CAUCACCAAACAAACCUUUGGAGCUCAUACAUGUGAACAAGAUGAUGCUGAACACGAGAUUUGUCUGCCUCGAUUAGGUCCCCUUUUACCAGGGGAGGACGUGCUUCGACUACGAGAUCAUAUGGAGAGUCGAUGGCGGACAGCGAUGUCUCAUUCGUGAGCAGCGGCAGGUCAAGCGAACGCUCCUACCCUCCGAGGUUGUCAAAUCUUUCAGACAGCUACGAGCGCAGUUUCGAGUCACCACGCAGGUCGGUGGGCGCAGUCUCAUCCGCCAAUGGAUUCUCCUCCGUGUCUCAUGAGAGCUCAUCAUCUCAGAACAUGGAGGAUGUGGAAGCAGAGAUUAGGAGGCUGAAAUUAGAGCUCAAGCAGACCAUGGACAUGUACAGCACAGCAUGCAAAGAAGCACUCACAGCUAAACAGAAGACGAUGGAGCUCCAACGCUGGAAGAUGGACGAAGAGAAAAGAAUCAAAGACGCUCGAUUGGCGGAAGAAGAAGCUCUGGCUUUAGCGGAGAGCGAGAAAGCAAGGUGUGUGGCAGCGAUACAGACGGCCGAGGCAUCAAAAAGGAUCGCGGAAAACGAAGCACACAAGAGGAUCAGUGCAGAGAUGAAGGCAUUCAAAGACGCCGAGGAUAAGAAGAAGGCUUUCGAUGCUUUGUCCCAUACAAACCUCAGGUACAGGAGGUACACGAUCGAGGAGAUAGAGGUAGCCACCGACUACUUUGCAGAGGAGAGAAAGAUAGGAGAAGGUGGCUAUGGCCCUGUUUACAGAUGCACUCUGGAUCAUACGCCUGUUGCCAUUAAGGUACUACGUCCAGAUGCCGCCCAAGGAAGGUCACAGUUCCAGCAAGAGGUUGAAAUCCUAUGCUGCAUUCGGCACCCAAACAUGGUUCUGCUGCUGGGCGCUUGCCCGGAAUACGGCUGCCUUGUGUACGAGUACAUGGCAAAUGGGAGCUUGGACGAUCGAUUGUUCCGGCGAGGUAACACACCACCCAUCCCUUGGCAGCACAGGUUCCGGAUCGCGGCGGAGAUCGGCACGGGCCUCCUCUUCCUGCACCAGACCAGGCCGGAGCCGCUGGUACACAGAGACCUCAAGCCUGCAAACAUCCUCCUCGACAGGAACUACGUGAGCAAGAUCAGCGACGUCGGCCUCGCCCGCUUGGUCCCCCCCUCCGUUGCCGACACCGUCACCCAGUAUCGCAUGACCGCCACCGCCGGCACGUUCUGCUACAUCGAUCCGGAGUAUCAGCAGACCGGCAUGCUCGGCAUCAAGUCCGACAUAUACUCUCUUGGGAUCAUGCUGCUGCAGAUCAUCACCGGCAAACCUCCCAUGGGGCUGACACACCAUGUCGAGCGUUCGAUCGAGAAGGGGACGUUCAUAGAAAUGUUGGAUCACUCGGUGCCGGAUUGGCCGGUGGAGGAAGCUCUAAGCUUAGCCAAGAUGUCACUCAAGUGUGCGGAACUCAGACGCAAGGAUCGGCCGGAUCUCGCGACGGCCAUACUGCCGGAGCUCAACAGACUCAGAGAUCUCGCAGAGGAGAACAUGCAGUUCUCCCCGUUUGGGACUGGUUCAUACACCUCACCUAUCCACAGUCAAGUUUCCACACAAGAUAUCAUGAGUGGACCUGGAACUGUACAAUCUGGAUAUGACAGCUCAAGAAGCCGAUAUAGUGGAUCAUCCAUUCCGGGAAGAUGAACGAGCAGAGUCUUGUGAGGAAGCAAGCAGUUCUUCUGGGGAUAUAGCUUCACAAGAAAUAAUAAUAAUAAUAAUAAAAUGCUUGUUUCAUCUUAAAUAUUUGGUGCAAGUGGAAUGUAAUAUAUCCUGCCUUUUUUGUGUGUUGGAAGCAGCACAUCAUCAUCACCAAGCACAAUGAAGGAGGUGAACCAUCAUUAUUCUCAUUCUCUGUACUGAAACUAUCAAAAAGAAAUAGCUUCUCCUUGUUGAUGUAAAAGGAGAGAUGCUGAAGGAAGCUGACUGCAAGUGAAGGCCCAGAGAGACUCUGGUCUUCUUCUACCUCAUGACAGCACCAACAGUUUAAUGAUAUAUAUUGUCUGUAUCGAUCCUUCUCUCAUGGAAUCUUAUGUACCAUUACAUCUGUCUUUAACUUGCAAGUAUCAACUAGGCUUUUCUCGUCUGGUCAACUUAUGCAUAGGUUUGGUUUCCAUGUACAAAUAAAUAAUCAAGCUUGUGGGUGUUCUCAUAUAGCAUCGACAUAUUAAGUAAUUGCUACUCUUCUGGAGUUGUGGAAGAAUG